CGCAUCCCUAGCUUGGGGAAGCUUUGCAGGGUCUGAGGCCACUAAGCCGGUGUUUGGCAAAUAAUGAUUCACCCCUCCAUCUUCUGUACUUCCCAGUUCAUUUAGGAAGUACCCCCAACCCACUUUAGAAAUCAUCGACAAGCGGACUGGUCGAACGGUGCCCGUAAACGUAUUAACGGUCAUAGGCGAUUUUCGAUUUUUGUCGAUCGCUUAAUGUUCACUGUGUAUUGCCUGUAACAAGCGAUAAGCGCACCAGACGACACUCGUUCUCGUGGCGCGUGCAGCGGCAGACGACAGUUGGAGCGCGCUGUUCUGCUCAUAUAUGGACUAUAGAUACCUAUUGAUGGGAGCCUGCUCUCCGGAAAAGAUUAUCCCAGUCUUUCGGGAUGUGAUGGCGCCAUAACCAACUGAAAUGAGGAGUGUUACUAUUGUGUUUGUGGAGCUGGUGCUUCUCUCCAUGGUGUACGCCGUGACAGAGAGCCCAGUGACGUCAGCCGGAGACACUAACACAACAUUAGCAGCCGUUCAGCCAGCUGCAUCCAACGUCACAGCCAACGCUACGAGUUUGGAGACAGCAAAGGCCGACAACUCGUCUACGAAUGCAACAGACACGCCAAAAACGGAAGGUGUGAAUAAGACAACAACAAAUUAUACCGAAAAAGCGCCUGCUGUAACCCCAUCAGAUGUAUGGGUACCCGCACCCGAGAUAACAUGCACUCUCUCGAGCGAGCGGUGUUCCGUUAAAAGCCAGUGCUGUAGCAAUAGAUGCGUCAAGCUACAUUCGGGAGCAGAUUACCGUUGUCUCAAGAGUUCCGUCGACAAGCCAUGUAAACAUGACUACAACUGUGAGGGCAAGCUCCAAUGUAGCCCCCAUAGGAAAACUUGCUGUGUCGACUUAUGGCAGUCAUGCGUGAUAGCUUCGCAAUGUUGUAACACUGAGCACAGAUGUCUGUCAAUGCAAGGGUUUAUUUAUAAAAAAUGUCUAAAAUCUGAUGCCAUACGUGCUGCAUCUGCCUGGGGAUUGAUGACUCUUCCAUCCAUACUGGCGAUAACGCAGCUGAUGUUGCUAUUAUGAAGUCACUACAACGAUUACUAAUAAUACACUCCCUCCGAUUUGACAUUAUAUUUAUAUGUUUUGAAGAGAUUAGACGUCCUUCAAAGAAAGUGCCUUAUUGUUACUAAUUUGUUUACGUUUUGAUUGUACGUUUUUCCACCGGUAGAAAUGGCCUUAAAAAGGUCGAUAAAGAUCCAAUGGUUAUGGGUUCACGUCUCUAUACAAAAUCCAAAUACACUUAACUACAGAGGUAUUUUGUUUUCAACAGCUUGUGACUCUCAAAUCCAAAUAACCAGAUAAAACAUUUCUUAUUUCGUAGUACAGACUCACGUCAUACCCCACGCUGUGUAAAUACUCUGGAUAUAUGCAUGGUGGCAUUGCCACAUGAUUAUAUGGAACAUUAGACAUGUCAGUUCUGUCCUUUACUGAAAAGGUUUAAAAUCCAAAUAUAACAUAGUUUGCAUUUGACCGUUUUCUAAAAAGGCAUUGCGUCUUCGAUGCCAAAUAUGUAAAUAGUCUGUUCAUUAAGAAAGGUGUUGGAAAAUAUUUGCUUUUUAUUGUCUGCAAAAUGAAUUUUCUAUGCCCAUUGUGUGGAUAAUUGUUAAUGAAUUCAUGGGACAUGAAUUAAUUCAAUCCAUCUCAGCCAGAGCCGCUCUCUCUUCAUGAUCGGUAUAUUUCAGACUAGAGACUCUGUAGCUGUCCCACCAUGCUCUGCCUUAUGUAAUUAAACAUUUAAAUUUGCCUGUAAUGUAGGUCGCUGAGAACGUUACCAACAACGGGAUAAUUAACGUUCAAAGCUUAUUGCUUUCGAAGUGAAGAAAAUGUCCUCUACACAACACACAUGAUGCCUAUUUAUAUCAUGAUAUUCUUGAUUUUGCUUUAAUUUACUUUGAAUGAUAUCAUGAACCAACGGUUUAUGUGACAAUAUGCAACGGCACGUUGUCCGUUGAAACAGCAACGGAGUAACUGUUUGUGGAUAUCCCAGCUUCCGGGCAGUCAUAUUGGGUGAAUCCCGGCAGCCAUAUUGGAUGCGUUAUUUUACAAUUCAGGAAGUGUUCAAUAUGUGCAAAUUAGUGACCCCAUUUAUACACCAUUAUAUAAUUAUUGGGAAGAAAACACCGUAUCAUACAACGAUGCUUAUCACAUGACGUAGAGAACAAGGGAUUCGAGUGAUCUUGAACUCACGUAACUUCAUUGUUAGAAUAUUGUUUGGACUUAUCUGAUAUUGACGCAAUGUGUGGUAUAAAGGACUGCAAGUCUAUGGUUUUAUGUAUUCAUGGCUGUUGGGGGAAUAUGGAGAACACAAACCUUCGAAGCUUUGACGGUGAACUGAGACAGUUGAGAUCUAUAUGCCAUAUAGUGACUGAUUAACAACAAUCUGUGAUACUUCGCGGUAUAUUCCAACACACAUCUCAUCUUUGAAAUGAGUCCAACUGAGGUUGUUGCGUGUUCUACGGAAUAUUUGAACGAUAACCUGCUUAUGAUUACACAAUGAAAUGACGUUACGAAACAGAUAACUUGUUCAAAUCUCUACCUGAGACUAUAGCUAUACAGGUGAGCUUCAGCGACAAGUCCACUACCCUGUUGCAAAAUUGUGAUGUUUGCUGGGAGUGCGAGGAGGUACUUUAUUUUAUCUUUACUUAUUAAUACCAACAAGAAGUAAUGUAGAUGCAAAUAAAAACUUUUAAGAAA